AUGAUCGACAACGUGGUCUUAGCCGCACGCUACCUCAACGCUCUCGUCAGGCUGUUAGGACAGGAAUGCCUCCUUCAAGACCAAUCAGUCUGCAGGCUUCGCGUCGGCAUAAAAGACCGAAUUGACUCUUUGGAUUGGAUUGCCGCUACGGAUCCAUCGAUCCGGGAGUCUCUCAACGAACUCCGAGCACUGCUCGACGUGAGCCACAUGCUUAGAUUACAACAACUCACCCCGGAGGCGAUGAGUAGGAUCAUACGACACAUUGAUGGCAAUGACGAGGAACGGGCUUUCUCACUAUGCAGUAUGGCCCUAGCUUGCCGUGCAUUACGCCGACCGGCGCAAGCCGCCAUUUUUAAGACCCUUAACAUCGACAACCCCCGGAUUUUAGACGCUGUCGCCUCCGCUAUCAAUGGUUCACCCCAGCUCGGCUCGUAUGUGCGCGAGCUCUGCCUUGAAAUCAAACAUCACACAAGCGGGGAUUGGCUGGAAGGUUUAUCGCGGUUUUCGACUCGAUUGAGUGCCCUAUACGUCGUGAAGAUACAAGGGGUGUCGUGGACGGCGCUCGGCGCGAACGCGAAGCAAGCUAUUCUUCAAACCGUCACUCGGGCGCCCGCCCUCGUUCUGCAGUCGUGGAAAUCUUUCGAGACGCAGUCCAUGCUCGACAUUAUGCUCGCCUGUCAAAAUCUGGAAUCUCUCGCCGUGCGGUUCUGCGAGCUGCGGACAUGCAAUGUAGACCAAACGAAGCCAAACGUUGAAACAUCGUUAUGCCCAUCCCUCAGACAUAUCGAGCUCGCGGACAACCUGCGGGGAGCAAAUAACCUCGGCCAUACGUUGCUCUCUUUCACCAAGCUCGAUAGUCUCACCUCGGUUACUGUCCAUCUGUCAUCGAUAAUGAAACAGCACAUAGGUGGUAUGGUCUUGCAUCGCUUGUUGACACAGGUAUCAUGCCCGAAGACCUACCUUCACGUGUCACGAGUAUGCGAUGUGUGCGCUUCUGGUGACAGCGACUCACCGUGGCCCACCUCACAACAGUUCCUAACUCUGUUGGUUCCGAGAGCCCUCGACGAAGGCGAGAACGCUUCCACCGACCUUGAGGACUGGUUUUACGACGUCCUCUCCGUUCUGUACAUGCCCGGUACACUCUGGAUGCAGUCCACGAUAGUUGGAACCGACGAGCGCGAAGCACACCUUUCGACUUGGCAACUUCGAUCUCAUCCGCGAAUAUCAUCGUCACCGGUACCGCCCGGAAUCCGAUGGUUCCCUCCGAGGGCUCUUGCAUCAUACGACGAAGACGAACAUCUGGAAGAGAGGUGGCGCCGCGCCGUGGUCGUUCGGCUCUCCCGUCUGAACGCAAUACCGACGUAUUGCGUUCACCGCCCCGCCGGAGACACGGUCGCGACGGCGGGGUCUGCGCGAGAAUUUACAGCGAGUUGA